AAACAACAGCAAUUUGAAUUGUUAGUCGGAAAAGAAGAUACCAAAGUUGCCGAUUUUCUCUCCUUCCUUAUAUGCCUACUUCCAUAAAAGUUCUUGAACCUCUAUUUGAAGGCGGGGGAGAACAAUCAUGGUGAGAACGAAGGUGGAAAUAAAGAGGAUAGAGGACAAAUCCAAGAGGCACACUACCUUCACCAAGCGACGCCAAGGACUAUUCAAUAAAGUCAAUGAGCUCUGCAAGCGUUGCAACGCCGAAGCUGCCGCGAUCACAUUCUCUUUAGCCGGGAAUGCAUAUGCUUUUGGCUAUCCCUGUGUUGAGUCUGUCUUGAAACGUUACGAUGACCAUAUCCAAAAGCAUUCACACGGGGCUGGCGGUGAGUCUGAAGAUAAUUUAUCUGGUGUAGCCACUACGUUAAGUAGUAGCAGUGCUGCAAGUAUAAGUAGUAGUGAUAGUAGUUUAAAUGUAGACGAAUUGGGAAUGGAAGAGCUUGAAGAUAUUAGAAUGUCUAUGGAUGAGUUGAAAAAAAGAAUUAUUGAUCGAAUGAAUGAGAUUUCAGAAACUAUUCCUCUUUAAUGCUCUUUUGUGGGUUGAAUAUGUUUCUAUAACGUAGAUCUUUUUAUUGUUUCUUGACUCUUUUGGAUUAAAUAGUUCUCUAUACUACCUUUUGUGGACUGGAAUAGUUUUAAAUGAUGAACAAUUUGAUACGCUAUUGCUAGUAAUGAGUAGAAAGAUUGUUUCUAUUUGAUUAUAUGAUGAUUAUUCAGAUAUUCGCUCUUAAUUUGAUCUCUUA